CAGUUGAUCUGCCAUUUUGUAAAACACCCCUCGAAGGGAGACCUCCCGCGAAUGAACCGCUAAACUAGGUCAGGUCGUACGCUUCCCAGCCCCCGACCUCCGUUGGGUGCAUCUCUGAAGGUCUCUGAACAUGGCCGGUGUCACCCUCCACCUCUACACAGUCGAUGCCUUCACUGACGUCCCUUUCAAAGGCAACCCGGCGGCCGUCUGUCCCUUGCCGUCCGAUACAAAUCUAGACGAUGAUAUCCUGCAGAAGAUCGCCAUGGAGAUGAAGCUGUCUGAAACUGCUUUUAUCAAACUUUUAGACAAGUCGGAUAGUUUCAAGGAAAAUAAUACGUUUGGUUUGAGGUGGUUUUCUACAAAAGAGGAAUCCAAACUGUGCGGCCAUGGUACUUUGGCAUCAGCAGCUGUUUUGUUCGGGAAAUUGGACAACAAACAGGACCGUAUCGUGUUUAAGACACUGAGUGGGGAUUUGAUUGUUAAACGUGAGGGCGAGUGGAUUCACAUGGAUUUCCCCGUUGGCGCUGCUGUGAAAGAGGAUCAAAGUCAACAUGAGCAAUUAGUAGCGUCCUUGGGGGAUGUAUCUGGUGUGAGCGACAUCGUUUACUGCGAUUCCCAGCGUUAUCUACUUGUACGACUUCACGACGGAUGGUCCAGAGAAGAAUUUGAGUCCUGGACGCCCGAUAUAUCGGCCAUGCAGAGAUCCACCGAUAGACUGGUUGUUGUCAUUGUCACCACCAGAGGGCCUCCCGGUGACGGUUACCAGAGUGAUGGUGGCGCCCCCUACGACUUUGUUUCCCGUUGUUUUGCGCCUUGGGUAAAUAUGCCCGAAGAUCCUGUCACCGGAUCUGCGCAGACAGUUCUUGCGCAUUACUGGGCAGAACAAUUAGGAAAGAAUGAUUUCUUUACGAGGCAGUGUUCUGCGCGAGGUGGGGAGGUCGUGGUCAAGCUGAGAGGUGACCGAGUGGAACUGCUGGGUAAGGCUGCUUUUGUCAUGGACGGAGUGAUGAAACUGUAGCCAUAGUAACCAGAAACAGCUGGGCAUAACAAGUCAGUGAUGAAAGGAACACCUCUCCGCCUUGGCAUUGUUGCAGUAUAUAGCCAAGAGCACCAUGGUCGCCAUUUUGUCAGUGACACCUCAAGUAAGGAGGAAAUGCCAUUAUUUCGGUUGCUUUGAAUAAAACGUUGUCUUUUUCAUAA